AUGGAAAGAGUACUCGUCGUCGGAGCCACGGGGAACAUUGGUAUUUCCGUCAUCAUUGCCGCUCUACGUUCAAAGAGAGAGGUCCUGGCCAUAGUCCGCAACCAGGCCGCGGCGGAAAAGAUCUACAAGCAUGUUGGAACGAAAACAGGAAUCACGACGGUGGAGGGCAACGUGACCAGCGACGAUGGUGUGCAGAAAGUCGUCGACCGCGUCAAGGCCGGGACCCUCCCUUCGUUCCAGCAUGUUUACGCAGCAGUGGGUGUUUUCAAUGCCCGGUCACCCCUCUACGAGGUCGAUCUCAGCUACUAUCGUGAGACCAUGAAGAUCAAUGCCGAGUGUGCAUUCUCUGCGUACCGAGCCACGAUUCCACACUUGCUCGAGCAAGGCCACCCGACAUCGACGUGGACCUUGGUCACCGGCGGGGCCGGCACGCAAGGGACUGCCGGCGCCACUGCCGUUUCGCAGGGAGCUCUGUUCUCGCUCGCAGCUGUGGCGUGUCGCGAGCUUAAACAGACCAAUGUUCGCUUCAACGAAGCAUAUCUCGACUAUCGUGUCGAGUACGAUGCCGAGUGCGAGGGCGAGGCCAACGCAUGGAAGUUGAAGGCGUCGGAUUACGCGAAGGUGUACGAACAGAUCCUGGCGCGCGAAGACAUCAAAGGCUGCAGGGUCACCGUAGAGUCACCCAAGGACCUUGAGAAGCUGAGGUACCAGCCGAAGCUGGCAGGUUUGAAUACAGCGAACGCCUGGGGCCAAUAA